GUAGAAACAAUUAAAGAAUUGAGAGUCAUGCUGAACCAGUUGAGCCAAAAAGAUAUCAAGUUCAAACAAGAACAUCUUUUCGAGUUUAAACUGCUGACAAUAUGUGAAAAUGAAGAAAUAAAGAAAAAAGCAGAAGACUUACUCGAAAUCAACCUGCAAGCUUCCAUACAAAAAUUAGAUCAACCGUCAGGUUCUAUAAGGAAAGAAACGGACAAAGUAGUAGCAAUCAUUGCCGCACAUCCAGACGUGACACCACUUGAAGUAAAACGGAAGUGUAUUAUUUGGUCAUUCAAAUUUUCCACUCCUGGUGGCUUAAUGCACAUUUUAGAUAUCACGCACGGCGACCAGUUUAGAAGCACAUUCCGAAACAUAACCAAUGAGCUCCAUUACAUAUAUGGAUACGCUUUCCUCAUACAAGGAAAGUGCACACUCGAAAGUGUGUCGGGGGUUUCAAGAAUGUUACAUAAAUCUACAACUCAUGAAGCAUCAAGUGAACACAUUAGUAUUCCAUUGAAGUGUUCAUCUGUGGACGGAAUAAAUUCAGUACUAUCCGCGAUAAAACAGGAAAAAACGACAAAUAGUCUGAAUAAAAUUGCAGAACAGAUGUCAGCGGAGUUCAAAGACACUGUAUCAAUAAAACUGAUCCCUGAAAUGAUGGAAUUUCGAAAUGUGUUUUAA